AUGCAGUUCGCAGCUGAUGAAAUUGUCAGUUUCGCCGCAUCGGCCAUGAUCACCGUCUCGGUGGGGACGGAACAGGUCACCUAUCGAGCGCACAAGGACAUCCUGGUCGACGACUCCCCCUUCUUCACGAAGAUGUUCGACUCUGGCAUGGCGGAGGCGCACACCGACCACGUACAACUCCCAGAAGACAGCCCCGAGGCUUUCGAGCACUUUCUGUCAUGGAUCUACUUUGACGAACCGCCUCCACCAGUCGACUACGGCAACCUUACCUGUGCAUUGGAAUGCUGGGUUCCUGGAGACAAACUCGGCAUGGCAAAGUGGCAAGACAGUAUCAUCAGCAAGAUCAUGGCCUAG